GAACACGUGACUUCCUGACUGCAGUUGCUUUCUGAGCGAAAUGGCUGCUGUCGCUGUGGUGGACGCAUUCUCCGGUACAGAUCCUGUUGCAGAAGGACUUCUCGAACUCAUCAAACCUGCGAUCCAUCAGCUCGAUUUACACGUCCACUCAGUCAGAGAAAGCCAGGUGGAAUUAAGAGAACAUAUAGACAACUUGGCGACGGAGUUAUUCAGAAUAAAUGAACACCAGAAGAUUGCACUAGACCUGGAUCCUUACGUAAAGAAGCUACUUAAUGCGAGGCGUAGAGUGGUGCUUGUGAACAAUAUUCUACAGAACGCUCAGGAACGCUUGAGAAGGCUAAAUCACAAUGUGGCCAAGGAGACAGCACGAAGGAAGACCAUGCUUGAAGCAUCAGGAGUGUUCACCCCUCGCUCACCUAGUAAACCAUGAGCCAUGUUCCCCACUGCGCCGCAUGACUUGUCCCACUGAGGCAUGAAGGACUAGAAGUUCAAAUACUCAGUGGGCCCAUCUCUCUAGAAUAUUUAGAUGUGUUUGCUGAAUAACUUGAUGUUAUCUUGCAUUGCUUUGUUUUUGUCUUUAAAUUAAAAAUGUGUGUUUAAAAUGAGCAAAAUAAUAUCUGUAACAAUUACUUAAAAUCCCUUAUGUUUCUCAUUCUAGUAAUUUUCAAAAAUUGUUUUCAACUAAAGUGUUUGUUUCCAUUAAAAGGCAUUCACGAUGGUAAUGUUAAUUGUUUUGGAUAGCUCUAAACUUUAGAUUCAGACCUAGACUUUCUGGGAUUGAAUGGCAGUAUUGAGUUUAACUAUGGCCACAUACAAAUGAGGGCUUCAUGGGGACUAUACUUUCUUUGUUGAUGAAUAGUUUUAGGGACUUCAAACUUGGUACCUUUGUGAAAAGUGCAUACUGCAUGAAUGGAAACGAAUAAUAAGCUGCUUGUGUUGCUAAGAGUUUGUGUGUGUUUGUAAGUUGAAAUCACAUAUCAUUCCUGGGUAUCCCAAAGAAUAGUUUGUUAAUCAAAUAAUGGCAUUUAAGAUUUUUUUUUGUAUCAAUAGAGGAAAUAUAAGCUGGAACCAAAUUAAAGCAUUGUUUGCCGUUUAUAAAUAAUAUUAAACGGGUUUGUUGGACUUAAUCAAGGUUUCCCCCAGAAAACUUGUUAAGCCCGGUGGAUGGGUGCUAGGGCAGUCAUUUAUCCAGCGACUCAUUGUGUUUUUGAAUUAAAAAUGUUUAAAGUUGACAAAAAAAAAUUAAAAUAUCACUUGAUAA